AUGAAACGUGAUUUUAAUUGUUACACUGUUCACUGUGGACUUUCACCGUUAAAACCAUCUGGAACAGAAAAAAGAUCAGAAGAGCUCUGUAUUGCUAAUUAUAAUAAGGAGUUUUGUAAAGACUGCACUAAAGAGUAUCAGAAGCUAUUGUAUAGUGACCAGCACUAUGGAAGCCCCAAGAGUGUUGACAUCAAAAGUGAAGGAAAACCUCUACAUAAUAACAAAGAAAACCAACAAAUAUUGUGGAGGCAUGUUGGGAAUGCUAGUGAAAUGGACAAUGGAAAGGAAGACAGUGGAUACUCCUCUUUGUUGGCCAGUCAGCACGAGCCCACAGACAAUGACAAUAGUAUGCUACUGGCAGGAAACAUAAGUGAUACACCAAAUCGCAGUCUUAGUCAAAGAAAGAAUUUGCUUCCAGUCCUCCAUUUUGAAGAACUUGUCUGCUCAACUUUGAAAAAAACUAGCAGAAGAAAUCCAAAGACAUGGGCUCUUGUCUUAGAUAAGAUGGUUUCCAAGCAAAGCAUGGGGUUUAUUAAUCUAAUUGGCAAAAAAAUGGGACUAGAUAGAAUGGACAUUCUUGGUGAACUAUUCCAUGGGAAGUUCAGUCAUCUAUUAGCAAGUAUCUUAAGACAUCUCAGUUAUAUGGACUUGAUAAAUGUGGCUAAAGUGAGCACAACAUGGAAGAAAAUUCUGCAGGAUGACAAGUGGGCUUUCCAGAUGUACAACAAAGCACUAAAAUUGACUUUGAAUAACAAUGCAAAGGCCUCCAAACAGGCUGAUACAAGGGAAUAUGCUCUUCACCGAGAACCAUUAACUCAUGUUCAGAAAAUAGCAACUGCACAAAACAGCUCUUCUAAAAAACCAUCCAGAAUCAAGGCAAACAAUCAGAGCUCUUCCUCCUACAGCCGGCAUGCACAGUUUUCUGAGGUUGCUCAGACCUUGAAAAAUACUGAAAGCCUGAAAGUUUGCAGUCGCUGUGGUUCCCCUGCAAAGUAUGAUUCCCAUCUGCAGAGGGCAACAUGCAUCCGUGAAGGCUGUGGUUUUGAUUUUUGCACUAAGUGCUUAUGCAGCUACCAUAGUUCCAAGGACUGUACAAGUGGAAAGUCUGUGAAGCCAUUCUUCAAACUAGGACCCCUUCCUGGUACCAAAAAAAGCAAACAGAAUCUACGGAGGCUAUAAUCUGUGUGAAACAGCCUGUGGCAAUUGUGCCAUAGAGCUUGCUUUGGAAGCCCAGAAGAAGAGUGAACGUGAAUGUACUGACUGAUAAGAAUUUUUUAAAAGAGAAGAAAUAAGAACUUACCUUGGAGCUUUUUCAAUGGGUUAUAUAUAUUUUUUAAAACAAUGUAUGGAACUUGCUUUUCCAAAUGUCUGUCUGCCCUUUUAAAAAGGAUAUUCACCAAAUAUUUUAAACUAUCUGUUAGUUUUAGAGUGGGGGAUGGUGAGCUAGCUUGUCAUUUGGACACGUAGACAGAUAGUGGGAUUAAGUACUAAAAGUGAGGGUAUAAUAAAUGUGUUUUAAGGAAUGAGCUUUAGUUUUAAGAACUGAACUUUUGUUUUAACUGACUUCUUGCCUUUAAAAAAGCUUUUAGGACUUUAUGACAAUGGAUGUGAAAUGUAUUUUUGCUAAUUGUGCAAGAUUACCCUAGUAUUUGCAGUUUGCAAUAUUUAGUAACCAAAUUUUAUCUAAUUAUUUUAAAAGCAUUGGCUGUGACUGAGUCUUAUAACCAGUCUGGUCUUCAUAUGCUGAAACAAUGCUGUUUAUCAUGCCCUCAUUUCAUUACAUCACUGGGCAAAUAUCUAGAUGGCCAGUUAUCCCUUUACCUUUCUUCAAAUCCUGCUUGGAUGUUUCUCUUGUAUAUAUACAUGUAAAUACUUAAAUAUUUGUGUGUCUCUUUAUCCUGAAAAAUAAAUUCAACUUUAUAAAUAAUA